AUGACUGGUAUCAUUUUUUGUAUUGCCAUGUUUUAUGGUAAUGCUGAAAUGGCAUAUACCAUGAUUAUUUGUACCAUUGUAUCAAGUGCCACGGCAGUCCUAUUACAAUUAAAUCAAGAUCAUAUAGAUAAUGGUCUUUAUGGUUUUAAUUCUGCUCUGAUUGGAUGUGCAAUGAUAUUUUAUUUUGGUUUAAAUGCAGCAGUAGUUUUGGCAUAUAUUAUUGGUAGUAUUGCCUCUACACUAUUGAUGCACCUAUUCCUCUUGUUUGACAUUAGAGCCUAUACCUUUCCCUUUAUAGCCAUUACUUGGUUACUCAAAUUAAUCCUACAAUCAAAUGGAAUUGAUGGUUUUCCAUUGGCCAAAUCAAGAUUACCAGGUCCAACCAUUGAUUAUAAUGGAUUCGAUUAUGUUGGUAAUGGUUUGGUUAUUCCAAGUCAUGCUUUUGGUCAAGUUUUAUUUCAAGGUGACUUUAUUAGUGGAUUAUUAAUGAUUAUUGCAAUUUUUAUCAAUUCCCCAAUACAAAGUCUUUAUGGUAUUAUUGCAACUCAUCUUUCAGUCAUUAUUAUUAAUCUAUAUUAUCCAAAUACAGAUGAUAAAAUAAUCAUUUCAACAUUAAAUGGUGGAUUAUAUAGUUUUAAUGCUGUAUUGUCUGGUAUUGCAUCAAGCGGUAAUGGUCCAUUUUAUUUAAUUAAAAUGACAAUUACUGUAAUCAUUUCAACAACUUUUUUCCUACAUUUAAAAUUACAAAAUUUUACAACUCUUACAUUUCCUUUUAAUUAA